AUGUUGCCUCCACACAGAGCAGGCGCCCUGCCGGAGCCCUCUCCCAGCCCGAGGAGGGUCCAGGUUCAAUGGGCCUUGUACCUCUCCCUCUCCCUCUCCCUGGCCCUCCUCUGGUUCCCUUCUGGGACGGUAGCCUCAAGCCUCAACUGCCACAAGACCUGCAUCUGUGCCAGUAACAUCGUGAGCUGUUCCAAGAUUAACCUGACCACGGUGCCCACUGGCCUGCCUCUCUACACGGCCGUCCUGGACCUCAGCUACAACCACAUCGCCCGGCUGAGGGCCGAGUGGACCACGGUGAAACUCACCAAGCUACACAACCUCCUGCUCAGUCACAACGGCCUCCAAUUCCUCUCCUCCGAGGCUUUCCUUUACGUCAAACACCUGCGCUACCUGGACCUGUCCUCCAACGACAUGCGACAGCUCGACGAGUUCAUAUUCGAACCGUUGGGGCAGCUGGAGGUGAGCAAGAGAGAGAUAACCUCCUAACCUCCUGCCAAAUGUAUGACCAUAUUAGAGGCACAUAUUUCCCUCAGAUUACACAGACCCACAAAGAAUUCGAACACAAAUCACAUUUUGACAAACUCCCAUAUCUGUUAGGCGAAAUACAGCAAGCAGUGUGCAAUCCCAGCAGCAAAAUGUGUGAUCUGCUGCCACAACAAAAGGGCAACCAGUGGGUCAGAAACACCAAUGUAAUAUAACCUGUAUUUAUCUGCCUAUUUAUUUUCCCCCCGUAAUUCUUACAUUCUACUAUUUGCACAUUGUCAGAACACUGUACAUAUCUUAUGUAACAUUUAAAACUGCUAAUAGUAUAAUUAUAAUUUAUAUAAUUUAUAAAUGUAAACAUUGUUAUUCUCUUGAAACUAUUUGUGUGUGUAAGUUUUGUUUCAUUCUCUUUGUUGCUUUGUUUUAGUUUUUUCACUUGCUUUGGCAAUAUUUCCCAUGUUUCCAAUGUUUCUCUUUGAAUUGAAUAUAUAUAUAGAGAGAGAGAGAGAGAGAGAGAGAGAGAGAGAGAGAGAGAGAGAGAGAGAGAGGAGAGAGAGAGGAGAGAGAGAGAGAGAGAGAGCGAGAGGAGAGGAGUGGAGAGCGGAGACGAGAGAGAGAGAGCGAGAGAGGGAGAGAGCGAGGGAGCGAGAAGAGAGCAGAUGAGAGAGAGAGAGAGAGAGAGAGAAGAGAGGACUGCAAAAGAAAGAUAGAGUCAUACAGUGAGUCAGACAGAGAGAGAGAGAGAGAGAGAGAGAGGCUGCAAAAGAAAGAUAGAGUCAUACAGUGAGUCAGACAGAGACAGAGAGAGAGAGAGAGAGAGAGAGAGACAGACAGUGAAAGAAAGAGACAGAGAGAGAGAGAGAGAUAGUUGUUUUUACAAUUCUGACUUUUACAUAGUUUAAAUAGUGAGGAAUGGCUGAAUUAUUUGAUUAAAUGUACAAUUUCAUAAUAAAAAAAUCAAUAUUUCCAUAUUAUUUGCAGGUGCUGUUGCUGUACAACAACCGUAUAUCUCAGAUUGACCUCUCAGCCUUCCAGGGUCUCCACAGACUGCAGAAACUCUACCUGUCCCAGAACAUGAUCUCACGCUUCCCCCUGGAACUGAUUAAAGAGAAGACCCGCCUGGAGAAACUCAGCCUGGUGGACCUCUCCUCCAACAGGAUCAAGGUUCAUAAAUCUAUAUUAAAUAAUAAUAUGAAAAUACAGGUUAGAAGUGCAAGUGGGUCUUUCUAUAAACUAGGGUGAGGAUUUCCUACGCUGGACAACUUGUUACAGUUGUUGAUAAUUCUAUAUUCAAUGCAAUUCACGAGGCGAUGUUUAAACCCUUUCUCAUGGUUGGUGUCUUUACUGAUUUGUCCAAAAUCGUGUGACAUAAAACAUGACUUUUCUGUCCUUGCAUUUAUGGAAGUGUAAGUCGUUAUAUCAUGUAUUAAGCAUUAAUCAGUUAAAUUAGACAUUGAAUCAUGGAUCUAGCUGUCUGACAGUUCUGUGUAUAGAGAUCUCAGAAAUGCAGUGUAACUACUUAACAUUUCGCGUCUCCUUAUGUAAUGGGGUGAAAAUAGUUUUAAAAUCGAUACUGUCGUUAACGUGGUUCUUCAAUAAUUAUGCAUAAUACUUGUCGGAUGCGCAUUUGGUGUUGAGCUGUUUAAUAAUGCCGUGAUAUUAUCAAACAUCAUCAUCUAAUCCAGGAAGGAAUUUUCUGAAUGACAGUCAAGUGACAAAAAAACAGCUGUUGUGUGAUAGCGCAUGCGACGCCACAACAGCCCAAGUGCUUUAAAAAAAAAAGGUGUUCGCGAGGAAUGUCCAGAAUAUUUUGGCGUCUCAUUCGUUACACCGGUGAAGACAGUUGCGGCUGUAUUCACAUUGGAUCUAACAUUCAUAGCAAAUUGAGGUUGAUCAUCUGUUGUUGUCUGCUUGAUUUACAGCAGGGUCUCGUUAGAUUUAACAGAGAAAGCAUUAAGGUAAUGAGUUCAUGUUGUCAUGUUUUUUUGUGCCUCCGGUUGGGACACAGAGUCUACUGUGCGCAGUUGUGUAGGAUAUAUUAUUGCGCAACACCCAACCCUAUUCCUAUGAAUGAUUCCAAGUAAUAAUGACAACAAAUGACAUAGCCUAGUGGACUUCUUCACAAUAUGGUCUGGUAAUGAAAUAACAUGACAAAUCCAUUCGGUUUCCAUGUUACACUUGCAAUGUGAACAAUACAAGGGGCUUGGAGUAGCCUACUUGAACAUGAAUUUGGAGCUCAGAAAUUGAAGUACUGGAAUAGCCCAGGCAGUGGUGUAGUGGAGUGUAUACCCACUUAUUAUCUAUUAUUCAGUGAGCAUUGCGUAAACUCACUUCUUAUUCCCCACGAUGCGUAUCAAAGUAGUGUAGAGGAGGUAUGUGCUGUACAUUAUACUACACCACUGAGAAACACCUCUAACCAAACAACAGUGCUAGGUGCAUGUGCACUUGAAUUAAAGGGUAACUGCACAAAAUAUAUACCGAUAUUGGAUUGAUCAUUUUAGGUCAUUCAGAGUGUGUCACUGUUUCUCUUAGAAUUUUUCACACAGGGAGCCUUUCCUUCACCGGGCGGCCGUUUGAACAGGGAGCCUUUCCUUCACCGGGCGGGCCGUUUGAACAGGGAGCCUUUCCUUCACCGGGCGGCCGUUUGAACAGGGAGCCUUUCCUUCACCGGGCGGCCGUUUGAACAGGGAGCCUUUCCUUCACCGGGCGGGCCGUUUGAACAGGGAGCCUUUCCUUCACCGGGCGGGCCGUUUGAACAGGGAGCCUUUCCUUCACCGGGCGGCCGUUUGGGAAGAUAUACCCACUUCUCCAGGAACCGCUACACCAUGAGUCCUACCUUGAAAAUCAGAAAUGUCCUCCGUUUGGUGCUUGAAAAGUACUUGUAAUUAUUGUAGCCAAUUUAUGUUCUCCUGCGCCCUUAUAAUUAUCCCUGAUUUCAUUUUUGAUCUGUUUUUUUUUUCAGAGAUGUGGCCACUUUCCGUUUGUUUCCCGCCGCUUCAAUUGAAGGGUGUUGGGCUACACUGUUGUGGUAAAACCACGUGCGGUUAUUAUGAGGAUGACAACAUCUAAUGCUGGCUUCAACUUGGCUUUUCCAUACAAAUCCUUUCAUUACAAAAGGAAAUGAUGGUGAGAUUCGAAUCAAAUCAAAUCAAAUCAAAUUGUAUUUGCCACAUGUGCCGAACACAACAGGUGUAGACAUUACAGUGAAAUGCUUACUUACAAGCCCUUAACCAACAAUGCAAAGUAAAACAAAUAAAAAAAGUGUUAAGCAAAAAAAAUUAAAGCAAAUAACUAAAGAGCAUCAGUAAAAUAAAAUAACAGACAAAUCGUCAUGCAUGCAUCCAAUUUACUUAGUCAGGCAUGUCCACAUUAUUCUAACAUAUUUUAGAAUGUAAUAAUAAUUUGAAUAUCUAUGCAUUGGCAAGGCCUAAACAAUUAUUUAUUCUUAAAGCUGCAGUAUGUAACUUUUUUCAGUGACCUGAAUUAUUAUGUGUUAUAGAUCUGUCAUUCUCAUUAAAAGCAAGUAUAAGAAGCGAUAGAUCUGUUCUAUGUGCGCUAUUUCUUCAGAUUCAUCAUCUCCAGCACCACCCCAACAUCAACAUAUGUGAAAAUGGCACUUUUCUAUGUUUUGUAGUAAAAAGAUAGAGGAAGAUAAGUAUUUCCAAUGACAUCAAUCAAUUAGUAGACAGUUAGUAGGCAAUGCCUACUAAUUGGUUAAGAUCACAUGACGCACACAGACGAUGUCAUUGGAAACACUUAUCUUUUUUACUACAAAACAUAGAAAAGCGCCAUUUUCACAUAUGUUGAUGUUGGGGUGGUGCUGGAGAUGAUGAAUAUGAAGUUGACAUAAAAAAAAAAAAAUCCCUUCAGGUUAAAUUUUUGUGUCUCGGUUUUGUACACCAGCUUCAAACAGCUGAAAAAACUAUUAAACAUAGUGUAGAAAAUCAUUACACCAUCUAAAACGCUGUGAAAUAUAUUUUUGGUUAUGGGAAAUUUUCUACACUAUGUUUAAUUGUUUUGUCACAUAAACUGACAUUUUAGCAACCAGGAAAUGGCGGAGCGAUUUCUGCAUUGUGCAUCUAUAAAGUGGUAAUGUCUAGUUUUUUUUUUUUGGGGGGGGGGGGGUUAUCUGUACCCAACAAAAAUAUAUUUCCAUAAGCACAAUAAGCGUAUAAAAAAAAAAAAUGGUGCACAUAAAAAAAUAUAUAAUCCCUGUUAGUGAGUAUUUCUCCUUUGCCAAAAUAAUCCAUCCACCUGACAGGUGGAUAUCAAGAAGCGGAUUAAACGGAUUAAUCCGUACAUGCUGAACUCUUAAUGACCUCCUGCCUUCAGAAAGUAUCCAUACCCGGUGACUUGUUCCACAUUGUGUUGUUGUUACAGCCUGAAUUCAAAAUGGAUUACAUAGAUGUGUUUUCUCACCCAUCUACACACAAUACCCUAUAAUGACAAAGUGAAAACAUGUUUUUAGAAAUGUCCGCAAAUUAAUUGAAAAUGAAAUAUAUAAAUAUCUCAUUUACAUAAGUAUUCACACCCCUGAAUAAAUACUUUGUAGGAACACCUUUGGCAGUGAUUACAAUUGUGAAUCUUUCUUGGUAAGUCUCUAAGAGCUUUUCACACCUGGAUUGUGCAACAUUUGCCCACUAUUCUUUUCAAAAUUCUUUAAGCUUUGUCAAAUUGGUUGUUGAUCAUUGCUAGACAACCAUUUUCAGGUCUUGCCAUAGGUUUUCAAGUAGAUUUAAGACAAAACUGUAACUCGGCCACUCAGGAACAUUCACUGUCUUCGUGGUAAGCAACUCCAGUGUGGACAUGGCCUUCUGUUUUAGGUUAUUGUCCCGCUGAAAGGUGAAUUAAUCUCACAGUGUCUGGUGGAAAACAGACUGAACCAGGUUUUCCUCUGGGAUUUUGCUUGUGCUUAGCUCCAUUCCGUUUCUUUUUUAUCCUGAAAAACUCCCCAGUCCUUAACGAUUACUGUCACGUCUACUCCCGCUCCUUCCCUCCGGCGUUCGAUGUCACCGGUUUACUAACCAGCGGUCCUGGUAACCGUCAUUACGCGCUCCUGCGCACCUGGACUCCAUUACCUCCCUCAUUACCUCCCCUUUAUCUGGCACUCCCUUAGGUUCGUUCCCCAGGCAGUAUUGUUUCUGUGUUUCAUGUCAAGAUGCUAGGUUGUAUCGUUCCAUGUUCUUUGUUUUAUUAAACUUGCCACCUGCUUCUCGACUCCCAGCGUCUACGUUACAAUUGUAACCAUACCCAUAACAUGAUGCCGCCACCACUACGCUUGAAAAUAUGGAGAGUGGUACACAGUAAUGUGUUGUGUUGGACUUGCCCCAAACAGAACACUUUGUAUUCAGGACAAAAAGUUAAUUGCUUUCCCACAUUUUUUGCAGUAUUACUUUAGUGCCUUGUUGCAAACAGGAUGCAUGUUUUGGAAUAUUUUUAUACAGUACAGGCUUCCUUAUUUUCAUUGUCAAUUAUGUUAGUAUUGUGGAGUAACUACAAUGUUGUUGAUCCAUCCUCAGUUUUCUCCGAUCACAGCCAUUAAACUAUGUAACUGUUUUAAAGUCACCACUGGCCUCAUGGUGAAAUCCCUGAGUGGUUUCCUUCCUCUCAGGCAACUGAGUUAGGAAGGACGCCUGUAUCUUUGUAGUGACUGGUGUAUUGAUGCACCGUCCAAAGUGUAACUAAUAACUUAACCAAUGCUCAAAGGGAUAUUCAGUAUCUGCUUUUUAUAUUGUUGCCCAUCUACCAAUAGGUGCCCUUCUUUGCGAGGCAUUGGAAAACCUCCCAGGUCUUUGUGGUUGAAUCUGUGUUUAAAAUUCAGUGCUCGACUGAGGGACCUUACAGAUAACUGUAUGUGUGUAUAGUCCUAGACUUAUGUUGUUGUAUAAGUGGAGUUAUGGACCAAUUUGCAUAUAUUCCUCUAAGUACACAUGUGGAACUGCAUAAAAAUCAUUUUUAUUUUGGUUUCAAACCAUUUUGAAAAUGUUAUCCCAAUGUCACACAUUGGCCCUAUUAUUUAUAGAAAGACCUGUGUGCCAUUUGUCUUUUUUCAGUAUACUUUGUAUGUCCAUUGAGUUUUUAUGCUAUUGCUGCAAAACGAAUUUCCUCAUUGAGGACAUAAACAUUUUAAUCUUAUAUACUGUAGGUCCCCCCCAUCGAGGAGCUGAAGGUGCUGCCUGCCUGGAUAAAGAACGGCCUCUACUUCCACAACAACCCUCUGAUCUGUGACUGUAGUCUUUAUAGUCUCCUGGCCCAUUGGCACAUCCGCCGACUAAACUCAGCCCUGGACUUUAAAGACGAGUACACCUGCUAUCUCCCCGGGCCCCAGAAAGGCAGGGUGGGCGUCUUCGACCUGAACAGAGACCAUAUGAACUGUAGUACGUUCCACGAGGCGGACGAGGAGGCUUGGCUGGAACAGACGCUGAUCCUGCGCUGUGAUACCAAACACAGGGACCUGUCUAAGACCUGGGUGACGCCUGGUAAUGUGGUGGUGACAGAGGGGGCGAAUCAGACAGCCAAGGUGCUUCCUGACGGCAGUCUCCAGAUCAGCCCGGUGAAGCCGGAGGAUUCUGGGACGUACACGUGCUACGCUGUGAGCGAAGCCCUCAACGAGACACUCUACGUGCUGGUGAAGGUAUGUGGAUACUGUUUCAUAAUGUAUAUACAGUUGAAGUCGGAAGUUUACAUACACCUUAAGCCAAUUACAUUUAAACUCGGUUAAUCCUAGUAAAAACUCCCUGUCUUAGGUCAGUUAGGAUCACUGCUUUAUUUUAAGAAUGUGAAAUGUCAGAAUAAUAGUAGAGAGAAUUAUUUAUUUCAGCUUUUAUUUCUUUCAUCACAUUCCCAGUGGGUCAGAAGUUUACAUACACUCAAUUAGUAUUUGGUAGCAUUGCCUUUAAAUUGUUUAACUUGGGUGAAACGUUUCGGGUAGCCUUCCACAAGCUUCCCACAAUAGGUUGGGUGAAUUUUGGCCCAUACCUCCUGACAGAGCUGGUGUAACAGAGUCAGGUUUGUAGGCCUCCUUGCUGGCACAUGCUUUUUCAGUUCUGCCCACAAAUGUUCUAUAGGAUUGAGAUCAGGGCUUUGUGAUGGCCACUCCAAUACCUUGACUUUGUUGUCCUUAAGCCAUUUUGCCACAACUUUGGAAGUAUGCUUUGGGUCAUUCUCCAUUUGGAAGACCCAUUUGCGACCAAGAUUUAACUUCCUGACUGAUGUCUUGAGAUGUUGCUUCAAUAUAUCUACAUAAUUUUCCUUCCUCAUGAUGUCAUCUAUUUUGUGAAGUGCACCAGUCCCUCCUGCAGCAAAGCACCCCCACAGCAUGAUGCUGCCACCCCGUGCUUCACGGUUGGGAUGGUGUUCUUCGGCCUUGCAAGCGUUCUCCUUUUUUCUCCAAACAUAACGAUGGUCAUUAUGGCCAAACAGUUCUAUUUUUGUUUCAUCAGACCAGAGGACAUUUCUCCAAAAAGUACGAUCUUUGUCCCCAUGUGCAGUUGCAAACCGUAGUCUGGCUUUUCUAUGGUGGUUUUGGAGCAGUGGCAUCUUCCUUGCUGAGCAGCCUUUCAGGUUAUGUCGAUAUAGGACUCGUUUUACUGUGGAUAUAGAUACUUCUGUACCCUUUUCCUCCAGCAUCUUCACAAGGUUCUUUGAUGCUGUUCUGGGAUUGAUUUGCACUUUUCGCACCAAAGUACAUGCAUCUCUAGGAGACAGAACGUGUCUCCUUCCUCAGCGGUAUGACGGCUGCAUGGUCCCAUGGUGUUUAUACUUGCUUACUAUUGUUUGUACAGAUUAACGUGGUACCUUCAGGCAUUUGGAAAUUGCUCCCAAGCAUGAACCAGACUUGUGGCUGAUUUCUUUUGAUUUUUCCAUGAUAUCAAGCAAAGAGGCACAUAGUUUGAAGGUAGGCAUUGAAAUACAUCCACAGGUACACCUCCAAUUGACUCAAAUGAUGUCAAUUAGCCUAUCAGAAGCUUCUAAAGCCAUGACAUCAUUUUCUGGAAUUUUCCAAGCUGUUUAAAGGCACAGUCAACUUAGUGUAUAUAAACUUCUGACCCACUGGAAUUGUGAUACAGUGAAUUAUAAGUGAAAUAAUCUGUCUGUAAACAAGUGUUGGAAAAAUGUAUUGUGUCAUGCACAAAGUAGAUGUCCUAACCGACUUGCCAAAACUAUAGUUUGUUAACAAGAAAUUUAUGGAGUGGUUGAAAAACAAGUUUUAAUAACUCCAACCUAAGUGUAUGUACAUUUCCGACUUCAACUGUACAUGUUGUAAUGGUGUAUGUCCAAUGAUCCUGUGACAUCUUCACUUCCCCUUGGGGAUCAAUAAAUGUCAAUUAAAUUAAAUUCAGCUCAAACCAAUUCAAUUCGCUCUGGAUUAGUGCAAAAUGACUAAAAUGUAAAUGACAAUUCAAUUCAAAUCAACUCCAUUCUUAUCAAUUCCCAAAGGUGCAUAACUUCACGGAGAACGGAAACGGCGAAGCCCUGAACACGGCCUACACCACGCUGGUGGGCUGCCUGACCAGCGUGGUCCUAGUGCUCAUCUACCUGUACCUGACCCCCUGCCGAUGCUUCUGCUGCCCCAAGAACAACCACCAGGACUCCAUCCACUCCUCCAUGCUCAGCGCCGCGCCCAGCCAUGAGGACCUGGCCAACAACACUGACCCAAGGCAUGUGGCCUUCAUCGACCCCAAGGAGCUGGGACAGGGGCUGAACGGGAAGGUGAACCCCAGCGAUGGAGACGGGGACCAGGGAGAGAUGGAUGAGGAGGGAGGGUUACUGAGGAAGGGAAGGAGGAAGAAGUCUAUUAGUUCGGUCUUCUCUGACACCCCCAUAGUGGUCUGA